AUGAAUGCUAAAUACUGUAAGAAUUCAAAUCCUCUAGUGUGCCAUUUUAAAACCUCUGAUUCUCGGGUUUGGAAAAGUCUCUGUAAAAUUAAAUGGGAGGCUGAGAAUUAUAUUCAAUGGGGUAUUGGCAUUGGAGAAGUUGCUUUCUCGCAAUACAAUUGGUUGGGCACUGGUUCUAUUGAUAAUUACCUUAACACUCAUACCAUUGUUAAUACGAGAGUUAACGAAUUUUUUUAUAAUGGGGAAUGGAAUAUUCCUAAGUUGCAGGAGGUUGUUCCUUUUGAUAUUGUUGAAAAAAUUAUUCAAAUCCCUUUACAGUUGCAGGUUAAGGAUAAAAUUUUGUUUAUGUUAUCUUCCUCUGGCAAUUUUUUUCUUAAAAGAAUCUGGGAUGAGACUAGAAUUAAAGGUGAGGUUGAUAAAACCUUUAAAUGUCUUUGGCAUAAAUCUAUACCUUUGUCUUAUUCCCUUCUUGCUUGGAGGUGCCUCAAAGGUUUUGUUCCUAUUGAUAAUAUUUUGUGGAAUAAGGGCUUUAUUGUUGUUUCCAAAUGUCAAUGUUGUCUCAAUAUUGAAAGCUUACACCAUGUUUUUGUGAAUGGGUCUAUUGCUAGUAAAGUUUGGCCCUACUUCUUUAAUGUGGCUGAUAUGGGUCUUUUGAAUGCUAACUUAGAUUUGGCUGGGAUCCUUAAACUUUGGUUCACUGAUAGUAAGGGACAUAUUAAUAAUAUUCUUCAUAUUGUGAUUAUUUGGUAUCUUUGGAAUAGUAGAAAUGAGGCUAAACACUUGGGUAUUAAGAUGAAUGCUUAUGAUAUUAUAUCCAAAGUGCGGUUCAAAAUUUUACAGCUGAAAGCUGUCAAUCUCAUUUCUAUUAAGAGCUUUACUAAAUCUUGUUCUUUGGCUGAUCACUUUGGUAUUUAUAAAGAGGAUAUUCAUAGUAACAGGGAGUCUAUUGUGAAGUGGUCUAAACCUAAUGAUCCUUACGUCAAGCUGAAUACCGAUGGGUCUGUCCAUGCCAACAAAGCUGGUAUAGGGGGUAUUAUCAGGGAUUCUCAAGGUAAUCCUCUUGCUAUUUUUUUGGGUCCUAUGUCUACUUGUUCUGUUUUAACCUCUGAGCUGAAUGCUUUGUACCAUGGUUUACAAAUUUGUUUGAGGUUGGGUUUACAGAAUGUUAAUAUCGAAGUUGAUUGUACUCUUGUUGUUCAUAUUUUUUCUAAGAAUGAUUUGUGCUUCCCUCAGGAUUUUUACACUAUAAGAAAAAUUAGAAUGGCUCUCUCCUUACUUAACUUUACUAUCUCCCAUAUUUAUCGUGAAGGUAAUGCGUGUGCGGAUUGGCUUGCAAACUUCGGUGCUGAAAGUGAAAAUUUUUUGGAAUAUUCGGUUUAUGAUAUUCCAGUUCCUCUUAAAGGCAUGAUUAUACUUGACAAAACUGGUUUACCUUAUAUUCGACAUUAG